AUGUAUGUUAUUGCUGAUGAGCCUAAGGCAGAUACCAAGGAAACUGAAGGGGAUGUUUACGAAGCUUAUUAUUUCGACCCGGUCGAUUUCAUAGAGGACGACCUUUCAGAGUUGCUCAACGAUAGGAUAAAACUAUCUGUCGAAUUGUGGGCCAAACGAUACAACGAGUUGAAAGUUGUGAAUGAGGAAUUGGAAAGUAUAAUAGCGAGAGAUGGAUUACGCGAGAAGUUGAGGAAAAUGCAGGAAGAGGAGGAGGCCAGACGAGAGGCACUCAGGAGUUCGUCAGCUUUGGAUGUGCCAACGCCUCCACCGUCGUUAGAAAAGGAGGUCGCUGAGUUAUGUGGCAAAUACCCUCCUUCUGAGGUCCUCAAGGUCUUAGCUGAAAUGUACCCCGAGGUUAUGAGUGAGUAUAUUCAAAGUCGGAUCGAUAGAGAAGUACAACUAGCAGUGGCUCGAGCAUUAAAAGAAGAGCGUAGUAGUAUGAAUGCGAGGAUGGAGGAGUUGAGGAAAGAGGAGGAGAGGAGAUGGCGGGAAAAGAUGCAGGAGUUGGAGGGGAAGAUGAUGAUGAUGAUGUUGGGCAGCAGCAGCACGACGGAGCGUGCCCCAGCAGCAGCAGAAGUGGAGGAAAGCAAGGCACGUGUGGUGGUGGAAGAGGAGGAGAGGCAGCAGGUAGAGGAGGUUAGUGUGGUGGGGAUUAGAAGGGAACUGGAAACUAGUGAGAAAAGAUGCUCUGAUCUUGAGAAAUCUCUAGCAGAGGCAUUGGAAAAGUUGAGGGCUCGUGAAGAGGACUAUGGCAAAUUACUAGAGGAUAAGAUGGCACUUGAGGAGACGAUGGAGAAGAAGUUGGCUGAGGAACGGGAGGUGGGGCUAGGGGCUAUGAUGGAGUCCUUGAGAGCAGUCGUGGCGUCGUUGCGAAGUCAAAUUGCUGUGCUCGAAGAUGCUCUUGCUGAGGCUAGGAGGAAGGAGAUGGGGGAUAUAAAGGGAAGAUUUGAAAUUGAAGAUGACGAGGAGGCUGAUGAUGGCAGUGGUAGAGGGGUCCAGACUUGCAUCUCGGGUAUAUCUGAUAACGCUGGUUUCUUCAUGGCUUGGACCCCUCGAAGCGAACCGGAUGAUCCGGUUGAUGGUUUUAAGAUCGAACUCGAUGUGUUCUUGAUCGACUAA